AUGGCAGUGACGAAAUCUCAGAAGGCUGCGAAGAAAGCCGCCGAGGAGGCGGCCCGGGAGAAGGAGACCGCGACCACCGCGGUGACGACCCGAGGCAGCGGUGAUGAGGGCGGCCCGGCGGCGGCUGUGGCGGCGGCUGCUGCGGCGGCUACGGCGGCUGCUGCGGCGGCUACGGCGGCUGUUGCGGCGGCUACGGCGGCUGCGAGGGCGGGGGAGACGGUCAGGGUGGUAGACGAGACCGGACUGGAAGAAAUCCAUAUCGCCAUGGGCGAACUCCAGAUUACUGUGAAGAGACUGAUGGUGGAGCGGGAGAUAGCGGAGGAGCGACGUCGCGAAGAGAUGGAUGAGAUUCGGCGAGCCCUAAGCAAACUGACGCGGGAUCCAGAGGCGAGACAAGGCAACCCGCCGGGAAUCGAGACCCUGAUCGAUCUCUAG